GUGAGGCUGAGCGCACGCAGGAGAGGGAGACGGAGAGAGAAUCCCCCAUUUUAGCUCAACAAUAUUACAGCAGAGCAGCGAUAUCUACAACAAUGGCAGUCUGGCACUCUCAGCACAGUGCUAUUGAUCCAAGCAGUGGAAACCCAAUACAUCACCCUCUCUGAUAUAUUUAUUUAUUUAUUUUUUGCAAGUAGUUCUCAGAUGAAAUUGAAGAACUGCAGAAAUUAAAACUGAACACGCUUUGUGGUGCAGGCACACUGAUUUACUAACCGGAUCUCUUCUAAGACACCGCACUGGAGAUUGAGAGCACAAGUGAGGGAGAGAGCGAUCGAGCAAGCGCAAGAGACGGGGAUAGGACAGCAGUGUAAAAAAAAAGAGGAAAAACAGGAGGAGGAAGAAGAAGAAGAAGCAGAGAGAAGGAGAGAGUCACAGGAGGAAGGAGGAGGAGAAUGUUCGGCGUCUGGGUAACACUUCCACGCUUGUGUCCAGGGCCUUUGUGAAUACACCAUGGGAUGCAUCGGCUCCAGGAGACUGACAGCGGAUGGCGUGCCAGUCCAAAAGGAUGGGGAGCAACAUGGACGUUCAGAGUUUUCAUGGGAAGGAAUCAAUCUGUCCAUGGAGGACACCACAUCAAUCCUGCCUCGGCUCAAGAGGAACUCAAAUGCCUAUGGCAUCGGGGCUUUGGCUAAGUCUUCUCUGUCAGGUGUGUCAGGAGUCACCCGCACCAUGAAGGAAAGAGUAACCAAGCCCACAGCCAUGGCCCAAGGUCGUGUUGCUCACAUGAUUGAAUGGCAAAACUGGGGUAUGCAGACGGUCGGCGCAGGAGGUAUCCCCCAGUCUCGCAUGAGCACCCAGGAGCGGGAGAAAGAGAGGAGAGCAGAGAACGACGCUUACAGCGACCUCAGCGACGGAGAAAAAGAGGCUCGAUUUGCUGCAGGCAUCCUGCAGCAGUUUGCAAUCUCGGAGGCAACACUCUUGGCGUGGUCGUCGAUGGAUGGUGAGAGCCCUCGGUCGGGUUCAAACCAGGGCAGCGUAGCUCAUCUGAGCGAGGUCAACCAGGACAGCAUUACAAGUCGGGAUCAGAUGUUACAUCAGUCCUCAGCAGAAGUGUGGCCUCACACAUACGUUUCCCAGGGCCACUACUGCCUCUCGUCGUCCCACGCCUGGGAGCCGACAAGCACAGACCCCUCCGGUGUGGUGUCUCCCCAAACUGGCUCCUACAUCAUGGGAACGGAGGGCUAUGAUGGGCAGGCGGCGGCUCAUUUCCUGUCCCAGCAGCAGCAGCAGCAGCAGUACAACCUCCAGCAGCAGAGCCACCUCCAGCAGCUGCAGCAGUUUCAACACAUCCAGCAGUACCAGCAACAGCAGCUCCUGCAGUAUCAGCAACAACAGGCUCUGGACCACAGGCUGCACAGUGCCAACCAAUCUCUGCAGGCGACACCCAACAGCACUAUUCACAGUUUGGUUCACCAUGUUCACCCCCCUCUGGUUGAUCUGUGGAACACGGGGCAGAUGGAGGCCUAUCAGACAGAAGCCGGAGGCUACAUGGGAGUAGCGGCGGUGGUUGAGAGUGGCCUGUGUGUACCGGCAGGAGAGGAGGCGGUGGGAACCGACCACUCCCCGCUACUGGAACAGCAGGAGGAGGAGCAGGUCAAGGAAGAAGAUAUAACGCUGGCGCUGGAACAGGAGUCAGCCAUGUUGACUCCACCCACACAACAAGGAGAUGCCUCUGGAGGCAGCAGUCCGGGGCAACCGCCUGCAGAGCCAAUCACAGAGCGGAAGGCCUCCGAUAUCACCUCGGGUCUCAUUCAGACGCUGGAGGAAAAGGAAGAGGAAGAGGAGGAAGGGGAGGAUGGGCCACCUGUCUCCACAGCCACCAACUGAGCUCCAUAUCAUCUAAGACUCCUGAAUACAAACUAACCUGGGAGUCGGCAAGGGACGAGCAACAAUAUAUAUCUAUUA